CAGGUUCCACCACCGGCAACUCCAGCAGCAUCAUCCCAACCUUUAAAGUUCACCUUCCCAGAAACAUUGGAUCGGAUUAAGGAAGAAUUCCAGUUCCUGCAGGCACAGUACCACAGCCUUAAGAUGGAAUGUGAGAAACUGGCCAGUGAAAAGACAGAAAUGCAGCGACAUUAUGUGAUGUACUAUGAAAUGUCAUAUGGCCUCAAUCUUGAGAUGCAUAAACAACACCACUUUCAACCCCAACAGCUGUCACAUCAUGCAUCUCCCUUCCCACUUGCCCUCCACCCAUCAGGCCUGCAACUUCCUGCCAUGUCAUCCAUUGGUGCCAGCUCGGGUCUUCUGGCGCUGUCCAACGCACUUGCAGCUCAUCCCCCGUUUGCGCUGAAAGAAGACAAGAAUCAUCAAGAUCCGGAGCAUCGACGAGACAGAGACCAAGGCUCAAGCUCCGUACAUUCAUCCAAUGGAGACAAACCGAGGAACUCCACUGAAUACCCCAACCAUCUGAAGAAGAAGAAGACAGAGGAACGAGAUUCAUUGAACGAUUAUGACAGUGAUGAAGACAAGAGUGAUGAUAAUCUUGUGGUUGAUGUUUCUAAUGAGGAACCUUCAUCGCCUCACAGCAGUCCUUCUCAAGCAACACAUGAAAAUGGAUUAGACAAACUGCAUAUGAGGAGGAAGAACCAAGUGAAUAGUCCCAGUUCCUUAGUUUCCACUAGUAGCACUCCUCCUCCUCCACUAAAGAGUAAAGACCCGGCUGUGAAUGAGAAAUCCAGUACGCCUAGCCUGAAGUCGAAUAUAUCAUCAUCAAGGGGGGAUUCUGCAACCCCAGGCACUAGUGGGACGUCACAGCUCUGCUCAGCUUCGAGUAAAACAGGGGCUGAUCCUUUAGCCUUAGGGUUAAAAACACCCCUGUCAGUACAGGGUGCUUUCCCUGUUCCAUUCGGAAUGGUCCACACUGCAGUCAAUGGGGGGAUUGCUGGUGCCAAUGCAUAUGCAGGUUUACACUUUGCUUCCCCCCAACUCAAUGGUGGAGCCACGGCCUCCACAUUUGGACGCUCAUCUGUGGCUGGGUUUGAGCCUCACUCUCACAAACGAGGUCCUGGACUCCCCGGGAGCCUAUCUGCAGCGACGGCAGGAAAACCAAAACUCAGGCAGUUCCAAGGCCACUCUGAUGGUGUCAGCUGCACUGACAUUUCUAAUGACGGGACGAAGCUAUGGACUGGAGCACUGGACAAUACGGUCAGAUGCUGGGACCUGAGGGAGGGGCGUCAAGUGCAUCAGCAUGAUUUUGCCUCACAGAUCUUUGCACUAGGCUGUUGCCCAACAGGGGGAUGGCUAGCUGUCGGCACGGAGAGCAGCAAUGUAGAGGUGUUACAUGUCAACAAACCAGAUAAAUAUCAGCUUCACCUUCACGAGAGUUGUGUUCUAUCACUCAAAUUUGCCUAUUGUGGCAAGUGGUUUGUAAGCACUGGAAAAGACAACCUUCUAAAUGCAUGGAGAGUACCGUAUGGAGCAAGUAUAUUCCAGUCCAAAGAAUCUUCAUCUGUACUAUGCUGUGACAUCUCAGUUGACGACCAAUAUGUUGUUACUGGCUCAGGGGAUAAGAAGGCCACGGUUUAUGAAGUAAUUUACUGAGGAUUCAGAUCUUUAUUGGAAGGGAUGGGAUUUGAGGGGGAGGGAGCCUUUAACCUUGAAGAAGAGACCUCAAACCUGGAUCAGUGAACCAUAUUACCCAAGGAUCAUGUCGAAUGGAGUUUUUUUGUCCUCGCAGGAAGAUUAUCAGAUGUGGCCUUGACUUGGUUGUUGAAAUUAACUUUUUAACUUGCUUCAACGAAAGAGGAUGUAUGAGUAGACCGAAAUGGUGGCUGCUCACCUGAAGAGGAAGGGUUACUCAAGAUUUCACAGUCCAGCUAACUCCAGAUUUGAUAUUAAUGUUUAGGGUAACAUUAAUUGUACAUUUUUUUUUUCAUUGUUCCUUUUUGUUGUUUGUAAUGUUAAAAUCCACUGUUGGGUUUCAUAACUUGAUGGGAAGAAAUCUGAAGCUGCUUGAUUUUGAUUUUUAGACAGAUGUAACUCCUCAACAGCGUACUGCCCCCAGAUCUGAGAAGGUCUUUACAGCAACUGAACAUUGUGUUCGAAGAUUUUUGCGAUGAGUUGCAUUUUAAAACAUAUUUAUGAGAAAAGAAUCUUUUUUACAGUGUGCUGUUUGUUCUUCGUCAAACAGCGUGAAACACUAAACCUUAGUUUGCUCAUCUUCCUCUUUGCUAAUCCCUCUCCCCACUGUUAUAAACUAAUGUUUUUACAUGUAACCUUCCCAUAGGUCACUGUUCAAAUGUGAAUAUAGGAAGUUGCUUGCGUUGAAAGUUUGACUCUUGAUUGUGUUCACUCAUUCAUUGUUCAAGAUUUAUUAUUGAUUUCGCUCUUGCCUACCACCUGGCAUGACUAAUUCUCUGCUGUGCCAAAGCUUGUACUUAUCGCCAUUGUGCAAAAUGAUUGAUUACUGCACAGUCUGACAAUCUUUUGGUUAAGCUGAAGGUGAAUUUUUAUGGUGGCGGGAGGAGAGCACAGCGAUUGCACUUAGUCUGGUAGACCAUGAAACGGACUGUUUAUAGAAAUCCAAACCGUCAAGUUUAUUCAUUCACCAAAAAAUAGUUUGUAAAUCAAUGCCCCGUGUUGUCUACCAGCUGAGGAGCGAGUGAACAAACUAUUUACUGUACAGCACAACUGGGAGGAAUCCACAUCAUUUAAACUAAAGGAUCAGAAGUCAUUACAGUCCAUCAAUGCCCAAUUGAGAAGCUGAACGUUUAUUCUGUUUCCUGAAACUCGAGUUACAGCCAUUGAGUAACAGAAGAUAGUACAAUGCUGUUGCCAAGAUAGAUUGAAUUGGAUAUUCAUUUUCUUUUUAAAGGCUUUUGGAUUUCUUUACUCUUGCAUAAGUUUUUGCAACAGUUGUCCACUUGCUUUGAGACAAUGCGAUGAUCUGUCUGUUGUAGGCAAAACACCCUAUCCAAUUAACAUCUAGGCAAUAGGAUGAUGCUUUUCACUUUUUAAUUUGCAAUGUAGCUCUGGCUCAGCCAUUCGGUUUGAGAGCGAUUGAUGUGAUAUGUAAUUUUUAAUGUGUUUUUGGCUUCACUUCCAUUUUAGUCCCACCCACAACAUUAAAAGAAAUGAUGACGCUAAUAGCAUGUUUUCUGUUGUUUGGUCCCAGCAACCUGCAACUCACCAUUCUUCAAAAUGCUGACUCCUUUCGGCCACACAGUUCUACGAGUAAUUUUCCAGUGUUUUCCCAAUCAGCUGUCUGCGACUUAUCAAUGUGACUGCAUAAGGCUACCUGACCUGGGAAGAUACCACCUUCAUGCAAGAUCCUGUCAUUAACAUCUAAGCCUGUUUUUCAACAGAAGUCACUGGUAAACAGGAGUAAGAAGCAAGGCCUAAUUCUCACACUGGUCUGCUUCCCCACUCAGCCCGUCCCUUCCAAAUUAGUCCUGAGGCUAAUUGUAGGUCUACAACCAACUCUGAAAUGAAUUAAUUCAGCACCGAACUGGCUUCUUCCUGGCCUGCAUAGCUCACUGAAAGUCUGAAAGUGCAUUUACCAAUCCUGCUUUCGUUGUCUUUUGAAGGUAUUUGGUUGUUUGGGAUAUCUCUAAUAGAACAUGGGACCUAUUCUGCUGGUCCUUUCUCAUGAGGUUUCAAAAGAGCUUUUGACAGUGUUGUCAACGCUCUCCCAACUUCAUUCCAUAACUUUUCCAAUAGCUCUUUGCAUUUUUCCAGAUGGACCAAAAGAAAUGGCCUGUAAGUCAUUGAGUUAUUUUUUUAAACAAGCAGAAAGAUGCUUGCUUAGCUUUUGGAGUUUCGACCCUCUGGAGAAAAUAGCCAAGGGUGCAGCUGUUUCCUGAGAAAUGACUACUUUGGGUGUCUUUGCGGUUUCACAGGGUGUGAAAAUCAUGAGAAGGUUAGAUACCUUUCAGAAAAUAUGGGAAAACCUGCUGAAUAGCAUGUGUGGCAAAGCAUAAACUAAGUAACUGAUUUGUUUGGUUUGAUUCAUUUUAGUCUUGAGCUGUCCUGCUAUCACAGUCUUCUGUAUUUUGUUUUACAUUUUUUUUCCAUUUGUUACUUCUAUUUAUUGAAUAUGUUAUACACCUUUUUCCUUCUUUCUCUCACUUGUUCCCAUUUUGGCCCAUUCCAAAAUUAGUUGUAGAUGUUCUGGUUCAUGUAUUGGGAAUGGUACACUCUAUGGCAAAGGAAUGGGAACAUCAAAGUUACUGUGAAGACCAUUUUAAUGAAAUCUCCAGCAACAAGUGUGCUGUGGUCAAUACCACAUCUGGCCAGUUCAGGUCCAUGGGCAGCUGGCCAAUACAUUGUUUGAGUCAGUCCCUUAUUUUGGCUACCUGCAAUGCCAGAAGGUUGUACACAUUUUAUAUUUUGCCUCCACAGUUAAGUUGAUUGACUGACUGUACGCAUUACCUGUGCCCUAACUAUCCACUUGUAUAUUCUCUUUAACUGUGCCUCGAACCUUUCUUAGGGAGGAGAUAAAUUGCUAAAUUCUUCUGUGAUACACGUUUUCUUUUUUGUUGCCCAAUAUGGUGAUUUGUAAUGUCCAGAACCCUUCCAUCUUUCAUGCUUUUGCAUCCUAGUUUGGGAUGAAUUUGUAGUUUAUUCCUUUUAAGUUCCCAAUAAACUAUUUUGUAUGUGA